GCGCUGGAGCCCGAGGCCGCCUCCAUCUACUGCCGCAAACUGCGGCUGCACCAGCUCAUCGAGCUCAGCGCCCGCCCCCCCUCCAACGGCCUGGAGCCCCCCCACAUCGACUCCAGCUUCAGGCAGGCCCGGGAGCAGCUCCGGCGGUCCCGGCACAGCCGCACCUUCCUGGUGGAGUCGGGCGUGGGGGAGCUGUGGUCGGAGAUGCAGGCAGGUGACAGGUACAUCGUGGCGGACUGCGGCGGGGGGACGGUGGAUUUGACCGUGCACCAGAUCGAGAAGCCGCAGGGGACGCUGAAGGAGCUGUACAAAGCCUCGGGGGGUCCCUACGGGGCCGUGGGGGUGGACCUGGCGUUCGAGAAGCUGCUGUGCCAGAUCUUCGGCGAGGAUUUCAUCAGCACGUUCAAGGCGCGGCGCCCCGCGGCCUGGGUGGACCUGACGAUCGCCUUCGAGGCGCGGAAACGCGCGGCGGCCCCGUCCCGCUCCAGCCCCCUCAACAUCUCCCUGCCCUUCUCCUUCAUCGACUUCUACCGCAAACACCGCGGCCACAACGUGGAGACCGCGCUCAGGAAGAGCAAUGUGAACUUCGUGAAGUGGUCGUCCCAGGGGAUGCUCCGGAUGUCCCCCGAGGCCAUGAAUGAGCUCUUCCAGCCCACCAUCACCCACAUCAUCCAGCACAUCGACUCGCUCCUGCAGAAGCCGGAGGUGCAGGGGGUCAAGUUCCUGUUCCUGGUGGGGGGCUUCGCCGAGUCUCCGGUGCUGCAGCGGGCGGUGCAGGCGGCCUUCGGCGCCUCGUGCCGCGUGGUGGUGCCGCAGGACGUGGGGCUCACCAUCCUCAAGGGGGCCGUGCUCUUCGGCCUCGACCCCUCGGUGGUGCGGGUGCGCCGCUCGCCCCUCACCUACGGCGUGGGCGUCCUCAACAAGUUCGUGGAGGGGAAGCACCCGCGGGAGAAGCUGCUGGUCAAGGAGGGCAGGAACUGGUGCACCGACGUCUUCGAGAAGUUCGUGUCCGUGGACCAGUCGGUGGCGCUGGGGGAGGUGGUUCAGCGCAGCUACUGCCCCGCGCGGCCCGGCCAGCGCCGCACCCUCAUCAACAUCUACUGCAGCGCCCGCGACGACGUGCUCUACAUCACCGACCCCGGCGUGCGCCACUGCGGCACCAUCAGCCUCCAGCUGGACGGGGACGGCGGGGACGCCGCCGCGCGGGGCCGCAGGGAGAUCCGCGCCAGCAUGCAGUUCGGGGACACCGAGAUCAAGGUCACCGCCGUGGACACCCGCACGGCCCGCACGGUGAGAGCCACCAUCGACUUCCUGUCCAACUGAGAGCCCCACCAUCGACUUCCUGUCCAACUGAGAGCCCUGGCACUGCCACCAUCACUGCCUGUCCAGCUGAGACAGCCUGGCACUGCCACCAUCACUGCCUGUCCAGCUGAGAGCCCUGGCACUGCCACCAUCACUGCCUGUCCAACUGAGAGCCCUGGCACUGCCACCAUCAACCAGGACCUGCCACCAUCAACCUCUUCUCCAGCUG